ACCAAGGCCGGCAAGAUGGCGUUCCUUGGCCGCGAAGUUGGGACUGUACUGAGCCAUCACGUCCAGAAGGCUGUGUGUGACUCGCGGGCCACGUAUCGGGAGGGGCGACGGCCUCGAGCGGUCAAGGUAUAUACAGUCAAUUUGGAAUCCAAAUACUUAUUAAUACAAGGAGUACCUGCAGUGGGAGCAAUGAAGGAAUUAGUUGAGCGAUUUGCUCUGUAUGGUGCAAUUGAACAGUAUAAUGCUCUAGAUGAAUAUCCAGCAGAAGACUUUACAGAAGUUUAUCUUAUUAAGUUUAUGCGUUUGCAAAGUGCAAGGAUGGCCAAGAGAAAAAUGGAUGAACAGAGUUUCUUUGGUGGACUGCUUCAUGUAUGCUAUGCUCCAGAAUUUGAGACAGUUGAAGAAACUAGAAAAAAAUUAAGUGAGAGGAAGGCUUAUAUAACAAAAGUUACCCAAAAUAACGAGCUUAAAGACACAAGAGGUUCUCCACAGGACUUUCAGAAAGCUGAAACAUCUGAAUUUAGUGCAGACACUUCGAAAAAUCCUGGGAACUCAAAUCCCUGCCUCCCGUAUUCUUGUGAACUGCCUUUAUGUUAUUUCUCCUCACAAUGCAAGUGUUCAUCAAUGGAGCAUGUGAACAGAGCACCUGAGUCCUCGUACAGCAGGACAGCCAGGCAUUGUAAUAACGGUGGCUCUGUGCAGAGAAAACAGACAAAAAACAGCUCAGUAGCCUGCCCACGGGCACAAGUGGCGGCUUCUCCUUCAGAGGCGGUGGACAGGUUUAUGCCGAGGACAACACAGCUGCAAGAGCGGAAAAGGAGAAGAGAAGAUGACCGCAAACGUGGGGCUUUUCCUGAAACAAGCACCAGCAGCAGUGACGUUAUGAUUGGGCCUCGGCUGCCGGACAUCCCGAAGGUGGAUCUGCAUGACGACUCCUUGAAUACAACGGCAAAUAUCAUUCGGAAUAAAUUGAAAGAGGUCAUUUCAGCUGUGCCAGAGUCUCCAGGGGACAGUUUGGAAGAUGUGAGCAUAAGUCAUCCAGUAAAACAAAGAAGAAGAAUAUAGAUUGUCAGCAGCAAGUUAAUAUUUUCUGAUAACCUAUUUAUUUUUUCUUAGCCUAUUAUUGUAAUUCUUUUAGGCUUAAUGCUGUUCUUUUCUCGUGUACUCUUUGUAAUUCCAUUCAAGCUGUUUGUCUAAUAAAGUUUUAUUUAAGAUUA